AUGUAUGUCCUUAAAUAUUUAGAUGUUGCAUGGAGAAUUUCAAAUAGAAAAGCUAUAAGAGAUUGGAAGAAACCAAUUAUAGGAAUAUAUUUGAGAUCGAAUUUUGUUGAAGAAUUAAAUCUAUCUACCAUGAGGCAUUCACAGGAACCUGCUUCUUUAGGCUACAGUAACAGCAAUGGCAAGGAGAACAAUAAUCUUGACACUUCAGUUAUUAAGACCAUAGCUGGUGUUUCUAUUACCACACAGGGUGACACCUCCAAGCCAAGCAGAAGUCUGAAAAAGAACGAGAAAAUAGCACAACAAGAAGCAGCAAGGGAGCAAAGAAUACAGGAUGAACAGAGCAGCAUUAAGCGAGAUCGCAUGAUUGAAAAUGAGAUGUUGGAGAGAAAACUUGAGGCUGGAUUGAUUCAUUGUCUAUAUCGUGCUGUUGAGGAUCAACUGGCGUUCUUCUCCAUGCAGUAGUUAUCAAGAGCUUCGACAAAUGGUGGCCUCUUAUAUAAAGGAGCAUGCAACUGAUUUCCUACAUUUUUGACACAUUGCGUAAGAAAACAUAUCUUGAUAUUUCAG